CGAAGCAAAUCUCAGAGCAGCAGGAGUGGUCUCAGGCAAGCGGGCAGCCGCGUCCACCAAGUAGAAGCAGUCCUCAGGCAAUUGGUAGCAAUUCUACCUCGUCAACAGCUCCAGUAAAUACUCAAAUACCAGAAUUUUCGGAAUGUGAUUGGAGUGAGCAUGCCUGCCCUGAUGGAUAUAAAUAUUACUAUAACUGUGUCACCUGUGAAAGCAUGUGGGAAAAGCCCAAGGAAUUUGCUUUGUUUGAGGAACAAGUUAAGAAGCAGGUACAAGAACAAAAUCCUUGCCACCAGCUCCAGACUUGUUCACCCGUCCUCUCUACCCAACAACCUGCUCAACCACAAGAAAUCCAAAAUCAGAGUCAUGUUCUUGAUCAGAAACUUCAACUCGAAAAACAAUCUUUGUCUGCAUCGUGGGAAAAGCCCAAGGAAUUUGCUUUGUUUGACGAACAAGUGAAGAAGCAGGUAGAAGAACAAAAUCCUUGCCACCAGCUCCAGUCUCGUCCACCCGUGCUCCUUACCCAACAACCUGCUCAACCACUAGAAAUCCAAAAUCAGACUGAUGUUUUUGAUCAGAAACUUCAACUUGAAGAACAGUCCUUAACUGCACCGUCGGAAAAGCCCAAAAAAUUUGCUUUGCUUGAGGAACAAGUAAAGAAGCAGGUACAAGAACUAAAUCCUUGCCACCUGCUCCAGUCUUGUUCACCUGUUCUCUCUACCCAACAACCUGCUCAACCACAAGAAAUCCAAAAUCAGACACAUGUUCUUGAUCAGAAACUUCAACCCGAAAUACAAUCCUUGUCUGCAUUGUCGGAAAAGCCCAAGGAAUUCGCUUUGCUUGGGGAAGAAGUAAAUAAGCAGGUAGAAGAACAAAAUCCUUGCCACCAGCUCCAGUCUUGUUCACCCAUGCUCUCUACCCAACAACCCGCUCAACCACCAAAAAUCCAAAAUCACACUCAUGUUCUUGAUCAGAAACUUCAACUCGAAAAACAAUCCUUGUCUGCACCACCCAAAGAAUUUGCUUCGCUGGAGGAACAAGUAAAGAAGCAGGUAGAAGAACAAAAUCCUUGCCACGAGCUCCAGUCUAGUUCACCUGUUCUCUCUACCCAACAACCUGCUCAACCACCAGAAAUCCAAAAUCAGACUCUUUUUCUUGAUCAGAAACUUCAACUCGAAAAGCAAUCCUUCUCUGCACUGGAACCGGAUCGCAUGGAAGUGCAGUGAGGGAAGGGUCCUGCUAUUUCGCAAUCCAUGUUCUGAAGUUAUCAGGGUGAUGGUCCAUUUCCCCCCAGCUGAUCACCAAUCUUAGUCCUGAGGAGCUCCAGAGCAUUAUCUUGGCUGGCCAGCUACAUUAUCCGCAAACAAUUUGCUGUUAGAAUAAUUUUAUCUUUUUAGAUUCUUGCUUCCAUUUUGUUCACUUUUUUAC